GUUGUUCUUCUCCAAGUUAACUCUUCAACAAUUCUCACCAACCCUUUUCUCUUCACAUUUUCACACACUUACUUCAAUCAAAAUCUCAUUUUUUUUACACAAAAGGGACCAGUAUCCAGCGUUUAGGAUUCAGGGUUUAGGGUUCAAUCAUGUUUCGAUCCAUGAGUACUACGAGAGGCUUUGGAACUGGGAGGUAUGAGAGAUUAGGGAAAGAAACUGCAACAACAACACUUUUGCAUGAGGAGUUCAAGAGAAGCACAACAUUGCCUUCUAGAGCAUCAAAUUCUUCAAGAAAAAUUUAUCGAGGUUCAACUUUUGGGGACAUAAACCUACAAAGAAACCCCACAAUGAAGGCUAAUAAUAAACGUAACAAGAGUAGUCAUCCACUUCUCAACUUCUUUGAUUUUCGUAGGAAAAAGAAAACAACAGCUAGGCCUGAAUUUGCAAGGUAUAUUGAGUAUCUCAAAGAAGGAGGCAUGUGGGAUUUGAAUUCCAAUAAACCAGUUAUCUAUUACAAGUGAUUUAGUUUGCUUAAUUGCUUUGGAUUAAUUUAAACUUUUUUUUUUUGUUUUCACCACCAGUUUAAUCUGGUUCGGGGGUCAGUUCUGACAUCAAGUUGUACCUUAAACUUUAAAUACUGAAUAUUGUACCUUAAAUUUAGGUAGAAGAUUGAUAUACAUUUGUUAUUAAAAAUAUCAUUCAUCAAUUUGAAUCUUUCUGAUUUA